AUGGCGCGUCGAGCCUCCGCGCGCAAGGGCAAGAAAGUCGCUCGGUCGGCCACCAGCGUCAGGUCCAAGAGCACGUCCAAUGGAGCAGCUACAGCAGCUGUAAAGCAGCGCCGCGACAGAGGCAGCGGCAGUAGUAGCAGUCGUCAGCUGAACGACGUGUUCAGCGACGAUGACGAGGAGGCGGCGAGUUACGAGCGCACGAUGAACGCCCGGGCGGAUGUGGACGAGGUGUUUGAGUACGAAGACCCGACGUUUGGGCAAGCCGACGACGACUCGGAAGUCGACGAAGACGGGGCGUUUGACAGUAACGAUGAGGCUGCGUACGGUCUUUUUUUUCGUAAUGCCACGAAGAACGUGAACGAGGAAGAGAGAGAUGGAGGAGAUGGAGGAGAUGAUGAUGAUGGAGAAGGAGGAGAGUUACUGUCGGAUAUGUUGGGCACUGCGGCUGCUGGUAGGCUGUCUACUGCGAGUGCAAACGAUGAGGAGGAGGAAGAGGAGGAGGAGGUGAAGGUGAAGAACUUGAGCAAGAUGGUGGACAGCUUGGUGGCGCCCAAAAGCAGGAAGAGAGUGGCCGAGAUUGAUUCGCAGUUUGCUAGUGAGACAGGAGAUGGAGAGCUGACGCUUGGCAGUCUGCUUGCUGCGCAGACAGUGAAGCCAGGAGCGGAAGCUGCUGAAGAAGAGGACGACGGGGAGGCUCAUGAGAAGACCAAGACGGGGCUGGACUUGCGACGCAUGAGGCAGCAGGUGCGAGAACUGGAAGGAGACGGCACGACGCUGACGCUCCAGGCCAAUCGAGAUGCAGUACAAGAUGCGCGAGCGGAGCGGAAGCUGGUGUACGUGGAAAAGACCAAAGACAUGGACCUCUUUGAGCCCGUUGUGCGUCGCAAUCGGCAGAAAGGGACGCUGGACCUGCGUGUCCAGGCCCCGAAGCUCGAGAAGCUGACGCCUGCUGCACUGGCGAGCAAGUUUGUGCCGCAGACAGAGAUGGAGAAGAGCGUUGCAGCUCUACUGGAAGCUGGCGAUUUGAGUGACAAGCGACUGGCAAAGGACGAAGAAGAAGAGCUCGCGCGGAAGCAGGUGUCGACGGAAGAAGUAGCUGCACGACAGAAGGAGCUGUCGAAGCUGCGGUCACUGCUGUUCUACGAGGAGCAAAAGACCAAGCGUAUCAAGAAGAUCAAGAGCAAGCUCUACCACAAGAUCCGUAACGCACAGGACAAGAAGGCUGUGGCAAAGCAGAAGGAAGAGCUACGUGCACUUGACCUGGAGUUAGCACGGAAGCUGGACGAAGAGCUUGCUGAAAAGCGCGCCGAAGAACGACUCACGCUCAAGCAUCGCAAUACGAGCAAGUGGGUGAAGCACCAACUGCGUCGUGGCAUUCACGCCGAUGAUGCGACUCGAGGUGCCAUUGCGGAUCAACUUCGUCGUGGUGAGGAGCUGCGGCGAAAGAUGAACACUGUCGACGAUGAUGACUUGGACGGUGACGACUUGGACGGUGACGACGCUGAUGAUGACGAUGAAGGUGAAGGUGAUGCAGCUUCGCGUCUGCAAAAGCGGUUGGAACGUCAAGCCAAAGCUCUGGUUACGGAAAUUGAUGCCGAUACGGAGGAAGCUGGCAAGAAGCGCGGUCUGCAGGGUAUGAAGUUCAUGCAACGUGCAGCUGAGAAGCAGCGAGAGAAGGCGCGUGCAGAGGCUGAGAAACUCCUGCGUGAGAUUCGGACGGGCGACGGUGCAGACGAUGAUCGCGUCCUUUCAGAGCAUGAGGACCACAAUAGCUCUGGCGGUGAAGGUGCUGCCGUUGCAACAAAGCGCAAACGUGUGCGGAAGACGAAAGCAAAAGUAGUGGUGACUGACAAGGACAAGGCAGUGGUGGACCAAGCACUGGCUGGAGGCGCACUGCAGACGUCGGACGUGAGCAUGAGUGGUGGCAUGUCUGCUCGUGCUUCCGGUGUGAUUGCAGUCGAUCUUGGCGAAGGUGGUAGCACGGUCACGGUCUCAACCGAAGACGACACGAGACCGAGCAAUGUCGUUGACCUCAGUGUCAAGGCAUGUACCUCGGACAGUGCACAUGGAGCUAGCAAGUCUCGGUCGAAGGUCAAGUCAAAAGGCGCCGACGUAGAGCCAAUGGCACAAGGUGAAGAGAACCCGUGGUUGUCCAGCACAGCCACAAGGAGUAAGCUGCGUCACAAGAAGAGCAAGACGAAAGCACAGCAGAAGAGUGCAAGUACACAGCCAGACGUUGCCGUGGCUAUCGAAGCGCUGGCACAAGACACGAACACGACAGUGCGUGACGAGGUAUCGAUUGCAUCGACACCUGCUCGUGCUGGUACCGCGAGCGCGUCAACGACUGGCAAGAAGCGAAAACUCGACGAGGCCAAGACGGGCACUUUCGAGGCGUCCGAGCAGACCGUGUCGGGCAGCAAGAAGCUGACGAAAAAGCCCAAAGCGAGUGCACUGGGAGCUGGGCAAGACGAGUUGGUCCGUCGAGCGUUUGACUUUGUUGCUGAGGAAGACGACGAGCUUGCAAAAGAGAAGGACCGGUUGGCGGGUCAAGAUGCCGAUGCGAAGAAAGGGGCUGAGAUUGCAAAGCUUGUGGGUAUGUCUGGCUGGGGCAGCUGGGCAGGCGAAGGCGUGCGCGUGUCGAAGCAUCAACUUGCACGUGAGCAAAAGGCCAAGUCGAUUGCCCAAGCGGCCAAGCAGAAGGCAUUGGCUGGUCGCAAAGACGCGCGUCUGGACAAGGUGCUCAUCAAUGAGAAGAAGGACAAGAAGGCAGCCAAGUAUAAGGUCAAGGACGUGCCGUAUCCAUUCACGUCUCGCGAAGAGUACGAGGCCGCGAUCCGCAAUCCACUGGGCAGCGACUGGAACACGUCGCACAUGACGAAUGUCCUCACUGCGCCCAAGAUCCUCAAACGGGCUGGCACUGCCAUUGCGCCGCUCGUGCUGACUAAAGACGAUCGCAAACAAGCCAAGAAAGAGCUGAGUCUCAAGCGCAAGGCCAAGUUUUGA